CUCCAAAGGUCAAAUCCCCAUUCUCAAAAUCGUUUCGAAAUCUCACCCUCUUACAAGUUCCAUUCUUGUAAAAAGUCGCUCUAAUCACACUUUCAUAUAACCCUAGUUGAACUAUUUUCCGGCUGCCAUUUUUAUUCGUUUGUUGCUUAGCCGAUUCGCCGUGGCGGAGAACGGGGGUACACAGCCAAUGGAGAACAGCGAUCAAAUGCCGGCCGCUGUGGACAAAAUCGGUACGAAGCGGCAGCGACGGCCUAGCGUCAGGCUGGGCGACAUCGGUGGCAACCAUACCUCUUAUGAGCAUCGAAGAGUUAAGCCGCAGUGGAAGGAUUCGACCAUCAAAGCCGCCUCCAAAUCGCGGCAUUUCACCAACUUUUCAUGUAACGACGCGCAAACCCCAGAUGAUAACAAUUCCGAUGACAACACCGGUAGAAAUUCGAACAAAAAGAUUUCUGAUAACAUGGACAAGGAUGAGGAUCGGGAUGAUAAUAUAGAUACUGGUGCAAUAGCGGACUGGAAUGUGAGGGAUUUGAAAUCUAAGAGUGGAGCAACAACUAAAAGAGUGAGGCCCAAUUUUGUUUCAAACGCCGUUGAGGAUGAUAUGUUAAUGAGUGGUGGAAGGGAAGAGACCAAGAAUCUUGAUGAAAUUUGCCCUGAUUCCGGAACAGAUGAUUCAGAGCAUACCCUGCCUCAUCUGGUGGAUAGCAAUAAGAAUAACAGCAGUGCUGGAGUGGGUGGUGAUGGUAGACGAAUCGAUAAUAUGUCUGGCAGGAGGAUGACUAGGGUUUCGGACGAGGGGCCAAGUGAUAGAGAAGAGCCCCAGAACUGGAACUACUCUUCUGGUACAAAUGCUGUGAACGUAUGGUUGAACCAGUUAGGACUUGGGAGGUAUUCCCCUUUGUUUGAAAUUCAUGAGGUUGACGAUGAUGUUUUGCCAAAGCUGACAUUGGAGGAUCUGAAGGAUAUGGGGAUCAAUGCAGUUGGUCCUCGGAGGAAAAUGUACUGUGCCAUUCAGAAACUGAACAAAGGGUUUUCUUGACUGCUUAGAAGUUUAGACUCCAUCAAGGUGUCAAAUGUACAUAUCAUUUUUUCCAAUGAAAAGUGUACUUGACUGGCACUCCACUUGGUGAACCUGAUCUAAAAUUCCAAGGAUCAUAUGUGGCUGAUCAUUGAUGAAGUUUCUGUUUGUUUUGUUCAAGCGGUCUUCAUUUGCAUUCAGGCUAGCAGCAUUCUGGUUUCGUGAUAAAAUUAAUUUUGCCUCAUCAUAAUCUUGACUUUAUGUCAUCCUCAAGGACCACUGCAUAUAGUUCAGGAUAUGGGUUUUGCUGUCUGUUUCACCCAUUGCAGUCAAAAGCGCAUCAGGCACAAAGGUCUUAUAUGUUCAUGUUACAUUGCUUUGUAACCUUUCAUCUAAGCAACCCAUUUAGAAGUUUGUUUCAAUUACACUUAUCUUUUUGAUGAUUCAGCUUUAUAUCUUUAUCCUAUUUUUAAGGAGUGUUUGCGAAAAAUUUAAAAAUGCACUUUCCAGCUUUUGCCUUUAAAAAAGCUGAAAUUGGUGUUAUCAAGUGACAGUUUCUGCUUAAAUUAAUCACUUAAAAGCUAAAAGUUGGAAGAAGGUUGAGGGGUGGUUUAAACUAUUUUUCACUUUUUCUAUUACAUAAAAAACAUUUAUGUUAUCAAACACUACCAAUUUUUACUUUUUUAGAAUCACUUUUUUCUCAAACACUAUCAACUUUUACUUUUUUUAGAACCACUUUUUUCUCAAACACUACCAACUUUUACUAUUAAACCCUUUUUCCAAAUUCACUUUACAAAAUCACUUUUUUAAAGUAGAAGCAAUCACAAACACUCCCUUAUUUUGAUGUCAACUAGUGAAAUGAAAUGAAAAAUGUGUACGUCAGUCCACUCUAUGUUGAGACUUGAGACAUACCCUUUAUAGCUUUGUUCCCUUUAUACAAUUCAUGAGUUCAGCCGGCAGGUGUACCUCACUAGCUCAACUAGUUAAUACAGAGUGAUAAAAUUGUAAAGCCGAGUUUAAUUCUUAGUUGAUAAGGAAUGACAAAGUUGUAAAGCCAAGUUCAAUUCUUAGUUGAUAAGGAAUGACAAAAUUGUAAUGCCAUGUUCAACAAGGAUGUUUUUCAUUGGAUUGGAUUUUUCUUAGUCUGAGUUGGUGUGG